CCAUUGUUUUUACUUGCUCCCUUCUUGCAAACCACUUUAGUCUCAUCUUUGGAAAUCUGGUUGUUGCUUUAACGUUGCUUAGCAUGUUAACAAGUGAAGAAACUUGCUCUUGAAAACCCUUAAGCCUUAGUCAUGAAUUUCUCUUUCUGUUGUCUGAGAAGCUGCAUCUCAAUCACUGAACUGCCAAUGUUUUUGCACUUGCUAUCACAAAUGUUCCUUCCUAAGUAAAAAAAGUCCUCUUUAUUAUUUUACUAAUUAUUUAUUUUUCUUCAUCUGCUUUUUCUCCUUUGAUAACACUUUUGUGGGGGGUCAUACUCAUAGUCAUAGCUAAAUAGGCUUUUUGAAAUUGAUGGGGUGGUGGAAAAGCAAAGUAGCACACCAAAUGCUUUCAUGUUUUUGCAUAUUCAUCAGGAAUAAUGUGACCCCCUCAUGGAUCAUGGCUCCUCUUGCUCUCUUGCUGCUUUUUUCCAGUUACAAACUGGUGGUGGUGGGAUACAUGUUCUUCUCUCUCCUCUUCACAUCUCUGGCACUGCUUUUCUCCACUCUUCUCUACAUGUGGAAACACAAGGCAGUGGUAGUCGUUGAAGGAAACUGUUUGAGUUUGAGUUCUGAGGAGAAGAGAGCGCAAAGUAUUGUUAUUAAGAAUGAAAGUGUGACACAAGCAAAGGAAAGUGAAGAAGAACAAGACAGUGAUGAUGACUCAUCUGCACCAUCACUAGAUCAUAAGAUAUCAGAGAGUGAAUGUCAAGAUGUGUUGUUUUUGUCCACUUGUGAGGACUAUGAUGAAGUAGAUCACACACCUGAUGAGUGCUCAGAUGGGACAAUUUCUGAUGAGGACAGCCUCAUAGAGAUUGCACUUCCAAGUGGACACUUUGUGGGUCAUCAUCACAAGGAAGAGUCCUGCAGUUUGCAACAGAAGAAGAGGGAGCUUUCAGCUGAGGCCCUUUUCAACCAACAAAGCCUCAUGGAGUUCUUGGCAGAGUUUAAUGAAAUGAAUGAGGAAGAAAAUUUGAUAGAGAUUGACAUAGCCAUGGGUUCUAUCAAGUGCUCAAGGUUUGAAAUAGAGGCAUAAAUAAAUAUGCUGUUUCAUCAUAUAUCUGUUACCAAAGUUUUUCAUCCACCUUAUUCUUAUAUCUGGUUGGAUUUGGGAUUGUGUUUCUUAAUGUUACUUGUGUUACAAAGGCUA